GGCGGUACCGGCGCCUUGGCCUUCGCGGCUGCUGUGGCGACCGGCGGCUUUCCCGAGAGCCGGGCCCAGCGCAGCCGCCUGCGGAGCCGUCAGGCCCCGGCGGAGGCCCCGAGGCCCGCGGUGCCCGUUCCCGGCUGCCAGCCAGCCAGCCUGGCGGCUCCGGGCCGAGGAGAAGCGCCCCUCAGGGCCAUGUCCCGGCCGAGCAGCGUCUCCCCGCGGCCGCCGGCUCCCGGAGGUGGCGGCGGCGGCCCGGCGGGCGGCGGCCGGGCCAAGGGGCUGAAGGACAUUCGCAUCGACGAGGAAGUGAAGAUCGCCGUCAACAUCGCGCUGGAACGCUUCCGCUAUGGGGACCAGAGAGAAAUGGAAUUUCCUUCUUCUUUGACCAGUACUGAGAGAGCCUUUAUCCACCGACUGAGCCAGUCUCUGGGUUUGGUGUCUAAAAGUAAAGGAAAGGGAGCAAAUAGAUACCUAACUGUGAAGAAGAGAGAUGGAUCAGAAACCACUCAUGCCAUGAUGACGUGUAAUUUGACCCAUCAUACAAAACAUGCUGUUAGGAGCCUGAUUCAGAGAUUUCCUGUCACCAACAAGGAGCGGACUGAACUUCUGCCUAAGACAGAAAGAGGAAAUGUGUUUGCGGUUGAAGCUGAAAACCGAGAAAUGAGCAAGACGAGUGGACGGCUCAACAACGGCAUCCCUCAGGUCCCAGGGAAGAGAGGAGAAUCGGAGUUUGACUCUUUCAGACAGUCUUUGCCAGUGUUUGAGAAGCAAGAAGAAAUUGUGAAAAUAAUAAAGGAAAACAAAGUAGUUUUGAUUGUGGGAGAAACUGGAUCUGGAAAGACGACUCAGAUUCCUCAGUUUCUUUUAGAUGAUUGCUUUAAAAAUGGUAUUCCCUGCCGUAUUUUCUGUACUCAGCCACGGCGAUUAGCAGCGAUUGCUGUGGCUGAGAGAGUUGCCGCUGAGAGAAGAGAAAGGAUUGGUCAGACGAUUGGUUAUCAGAUCCGACUAGAAAGCAGGGUUUCGCCAAAGACACUGCUGACGUUCUGCACCAAUGGGGUGUUGCUCCGCACCCUGAUGGCCGGGGACAGCACUCUGUCCACUGUGACACAUGUUAUUGUGGACGAAGUGCAUGAGAGGGAUCGAUUUAGUGAUUUUUUACUUACCAAGUUAAGAGACUUGCUGCAGAAACAUCCAGCUUUGAAACUCAUUCUCUCAAGUGCCGCCUUGGAUGUCAAUCUCUUCAUCAGAUAUUUCGGGAGUUGUCCAGUGAUACAUAUACAAGGAAGACCUUUUGAAGUAAAAGAAAUGUUUCUGGAAGAUAUUUUAAGAACUACUGGAUAUACAAACAAGGAGAUGUUAAAGUAUAAAAAAGAAAAACAGCGAGAAGAGAAGCAGCAGAGCACACUUACAGAAUGGUAUGCAGCUCAGGAGCAUCCUUUCAAGGCCGAGUCGCAGCGACAGCGAAGCGUGCCGCCCGUGACGGAGGAGUACGAGCUCCUGGACGACGGGGGCGACGCCGUCUUCAGUCAGCUGACAGAGAAAGAUGUGAACUGCCUUGAGCCAUGGUUAAUAAAAGAAAUGGAUGCUUGUCUUUCUGACAUCUGGCUGCAUAAAGACGUUGAUGCUUUUGCUCAGGUUUUCCACCUUAUUUUAACUGAAAAUGUUAGUGUUGAUUAUAGACACAGUGAAACCAGCGCCACAGCCCUGAUGGUAGCUGCAGGGCGAGGCUUCGCGGGUCAAGUGGAGCAGCUGAUUAGCAUGGGAGCCAAUGUCCACAGCAGGGCCUCCAAUGGCUGGAUGGCUUUAGAUUGGGCUAAACACUUUGGGCAGACUGAAAUUGUGGACCUUCUGGAAUCUUACAGUGCUUCAUUGGAAUUUGGAAAUCUAGAUGAAAGUUCUCUGGUUCAAACAAAUGGCAGUGACCUGAGUGCUGAGGACAGAGAGCUGUUGAAGGCUUAUCAUCAUAGUUUUGAUGAUGAAAAAGUGGACUUGGAUUUGAUCACGCAUCUUCUGUACAAUAUCUGCCAUAGCUGCGAUGCUGGUGCAGUGUUAAUUUUCCUGCCUGGAUAUGAUGAACUUGUUGGACUGAGGGAUCGCAUUCUGUUUGAUGACAAGCGAUUUGCUGAUAAUGCACAUAGAUACCAGGUCUUUAUGCUGCAUUCAAAUAUGCAGACAUCUGAUCAGAAAAAGGUAUUAAAAAAUCCACCUGCAGGUGUUCGAAAAAUAAUCCUUGCCACCAACAUUGCCGAGACCAGCAUCACAGUCAAUGACGUUGUCUUUGUUAUUGAUUCUGGUAAGGUGAAAGAGAAAUCAUUUGAUGCGCUGAAUUUCGUUACAAUGUUGAAAAUGGUGUGGAUUUCCAAGGCUAGUGCCAUACAGCGAAAAGGCAGAGCGGGACGAUGUAGACCUGGAAUUUGUUUUCGUCUAUUCAGUAGACUGCGAUUCCAGAAUAUGUUGGAAUUUCAGACUCCAGAACUUCUGAGAAUGCCACUACAGGAACUUUGUUUACACACCAAGCUGUUAGCCCCGGUUAACUGUGCCGUUGCUGAUUUCCUUAUGAAAGCUCCUGAGCCGCCACCCGCUCUCAUUGUAAGAAAUGCUGUACAAAUGCUGAAGACCAUAGAUGCCAUGGACGCCUGGGAGGAUCUGACGGAACUUGGCUAUCACCUGGCCGACUUGCCUGUAGAACCGCAUCUUGGUAAAAUGGUGCUGUGCGCUGUUGUGUUGAAGUGUCUGGACCCCAUCCUUACCAUCGCGUGCACUCUGGCCUACCGAGACCCUUUCGUGCUGCCCGCCCAGGCCUCCCAGAAGCGCGCAGCCAUGCUGUGCAGGAAGCGCUUCACCGCAGGCACCUUCAGUGACCACAUGGCGCUCCUCAGGGCCUUCCAGGCAUGGCAGAAAGCGCGAAGUGAUGGCUGGGAACGUGCCUUUUGUGAGAAGAAUUUUCUUUCACAAGCUACCAUGGAAAUAAUUAUAGGCAUGAGGACACAGUUGCUUGGUCAGCUUAGAGCAUCAGGCUUUGUCAGAGCACGAGGUGGUGGGGACAUCCGCGAUGUUAACACCAAUUCCGAGAACUGGGCUGUUGUUAAAGCCGCGUUGGUGGCAGGCAUGUAUCCUAAUUUAGUCCAUGUGGACAGAGAGAAUGUAGUGUUGACAGGGCCAAAGGAGAAAAAAGUACGCUUUCAUCCCACUUCAGUUCUCAGCCAGCCUCAAUAUAAAAAGAUUCCUCCAGCCAAUGGUCAGACAGGAGCAAUUCAGGCCCUGCCCACCGACUGGCUCAUUUAUGAUGAGAUGACCAGAGCCCAUAGAAUAGCCAACAUCAGGUGCUGCUCGGCAGUGACCCCGGUCACCGUGCUGGUGUUCUGCGGCCCCGCCAGGCUGGCGAGCAACGCCCUUCAGGAACCCUCGUCCUUCAGAGCAGAUGGCAUUCCCAACGACAGCAGUGACAGUGAGAUGGAAGACAGAACUACUGCUCACCUGGCAGCCCUGAAGCUUGAUGAGUGGCUCAGCUUCAGGUUAGAGCCGGAGGCAGCCAGCUUAUUGCUGCAGCUCAGACAGAAGUGGCAUAGCUUGUUUCUACGCCGUAUGAGAGCCCCGUCUAAGCCCUGGUCCCAAGUUGAUGAGGCCACCAUCAGAGCCAUCAUAGCUGUGUUAAGCACGGAGGAGCAGUCUGCGGGCUUGCAGCAGCCCUCGGGGAUUGGCCAGAGGCCCCGGCCCAUGUCUUCAGAAGAGCUGCCUCUGGCAUCCUCAUGGAGGUCAAAUAAUAGCAGGAAAAGUGCAGCUGAUGCUGAAUUUGCUGAUGACUCAACUACUGCAGAAAGAGUGUUGAUGAAGUCUCCGUCUUCAGCUUUACACCCACCGCACAAGUACAAGGACAGAGGCAUUCUGCACCCCAAGCGGAGCGCCGACGACCGAUCGGACCAGUCUUCUGUGAAGUCUACAGACAGCAGCAGCUACCCGAGCCCGUGUGCCAGUCCUUCUCCUCCCUCCUCGGGAAAGGGCUCAAAAUCUCCUUCUCCAAGACCAAACAUGCCCGUCCGGUACUUCAUAAUGAAGAGCAGCAAUUUGAGAAACCUUGAAAUUUCUCAGCAGAAAGGCAUCUGGUCUACAACCCCCAGUAAUGAGCGCAAGCUGAAUCGAGCCUUUUGGGAAAGCAGUAUCGUAUACUUGGUAUUUUCUGUUCAAGGAUCUGGACAUUUCCAGGGCUUCUCCAGGAUGUCCUCAGAGAUAGGGAGGGAGAAGAGCCAGGACUGGGGCUCAGCUGGCCUCGGAGGAGUGUUCAAGGUGGAGUGGAUCCGCAAGGAAAGCCUUCCCUUCCAGUCCGCACACCACUUACUCAACCCUUGGAACGACAACAAGAAAGUCCAGAUAAGCAGGGACGGGCAGGAACUAGAACCUCAGGUUGGUGAACAGUUGCUCCAGCUGUGGGAACGCCUUCCGUUAGGAGAAAAACCCGCUGACUGACCCUCAGGUUAUA